AUGUCGCUGCAAAGCACCGAACAGUUAACUGUAGCUCAGACUGAAACAACCGACGGACCGUCUGGGCGGCUGAGUCCCUCGCUCGUUCUCAAACUCAGGAAACCAAAAAGCGGGAGGCGUGUCGGAUGGUCGACAGAUGUUGUUGACAACGAACACCUGAACAAGAAGAAAUCAAAGUGUUGUUGCAUUUAUACGAAGCCGCGACAGUUCGGAGAAAGUUCCUCGGAAGACGAAGACGAGAAGGACUGCGAGCAUUGCUCUGGUCACGUCGAGAAAAAGUCGCAACCCAGUGAAAACAUCACCGAACCCUCAGGCAGCGAGCCGGGAAAGACGACGUAA